CAGCAGCAGCGUCAGAAGCAGAGGAACACAGACAAUGAAGGUGCAGGAGGAGAACAAGCUGAGAAACAUGGCUGCACUCGGGUCAUUUCUGGUGUUGUCUAUUUGCAUCUUGGGGCUUUUCCAUGUGGAAACAUCACCAGACAGUCUCAGCUCAAAGGAUUCUUCUUUCUGUCAUGGUGGACUAGAAGUGAUCUACCCAGAGCUGGACAUCGACAAAUGCCUCAUCGUUCCCAAGGACCAGAAGCUCAGAGAGAAAGUCAGCAAAGUGUGGAAAGCCCCACAGAUUUACUUCUCUGGAGCACACAAGAAAAAGACGUAUGUUCUGGUGAUGGUGGAUCCCGAUGCUCCGAGCCGCGCUAGUCCAACAUCUGCAUACUGGAGGCACUGGCUGGUCGUGGACUUAAAGGGGGAUGCUCUCCAGAGUGGACAGACACAUGGAACCACCCUCACUGACUAUCAUCCGCCGACUCCGCCUCAGAAGUCUGGUUUUCAUCGCUACCAGCUCAUGUUGUUUGAGCAGCCUCCAGAAGCAUCCGUGUCUCUCAGCCCACCGGAAAACUCGUCCCGCGGUAAAUGGGAUCUCCAGGCCUUCGUCACAAGGUUUAAUCUGGGAGAGCCUGUGGCCGCUCUGCAGUUUCUCACCCAAAACUGCAAAGACUGACACCUGGAAGAGGAAUCUGCCAGAACAAUGAUAUAAGAUAAUGCUACCCCACUUUCCCUGAAUUAAACAGCAUUAGUUCUUCAAGCUUGCAACAGGUCAGCCCUCUCUGCCCCUUAUCUUAUCGCUGCGUUAGUAGGAGAUUUCCUCUUUGUGCUGCUGUGUUUUGAUGUUGCCCCUGUAUCUCUCCUCCCGUGGUCCUGAGCGAGGGGUUGGGGAAAUAGAUUUUGACCUCAUUGAGGGGAUUUCUUAUUAGUUUCCAAACGCCGUCAACGAGAGGAGGAACACGGCCUGAUAUCACAAUUCAUUGUGGAAAGAGUUGAUUCUAAUUCAGGGGCGGAAACACGUCAGGGCCAAAAAAAGGAAGUGGGAGGUGAAACCGAGACCGCAACUGAGCCGGAUGCUGCAGUGGAACUUGAACCAAAAUACUCAGCAGAGUGACAGGGCAGGGGGGAGGGGCUGCAGGGCCUGUGGUGUCUCUGGUGGAGGGAACUUACUGUUUGUGUAAUUGUUUAUCAUAUUUCCAUUGACCACUCUCACCCCAAUCGGAAACAAUCAGCUACUAUCGGGACCUCGAUUGACUCAAGUAAAAAUAGGAGACUGCUCUGUCUCAACACUGCUUUGUCCUUGAAUGUAACUUUGGGAUGAUGAACCCGUGUUGAACUUUGGACGGUUGCAUAAGAGAUCCCACCUGGUACGUCUGCAGAGGAUAGUGUGAAAACUUCAACUUUUCAACCCGCUCACAAGGAGAUACUUUUCAGACUUCACGGGUCUUUGUGGAGGGUGGGUCAGAGUACCCCCCAGGAGGCUUAUUGGUUUCUAACCAGCAACUCUCCUCUGGGAGGGGUUUGUAUCAAUACCCCAGAUGUCUGAAAAAGGCUGGAUUUACAUGAGGGACUUUGAUGUUCUGAUGAUCAAUCUUUAGUUGGUGGUUUCAUUGACCCUAAUUUGGUGUCUCAUCAGUGGGCCAGGCAGGAGUAGGUAAUGGAGGUUUUUGUUCCUUUGGUGGUUAAGCCAGCCUUGGUAAACCCCUAUGUGCCCUCUCCAUGAACUCCAGGAGAUCAUUGAUCAAAUUGUCCUGCAUCUGCUUUGUUUGCCUCCCCGACUUAACAGUCUAAGCAGCCGGCGUUCACAAAACACAACAACCAAAACAAUGCACACACGCACACAGUUAGUCGGAGAGUCCACCGCCUCUGAACAGAAGUGUGUGUCGGUUGUAAUAUCGCUCUUGACCUUGAUUUGCCCAUCUUAUUUGACUUAUGAAAUCACAUUUUUGACAAUUGGCAUAGUGGAGGAUAAUUCCACACUCAUUGUGAAGCAUGCCAAUAGGGAGAGCAUUCUUCCAAAAACCACCUACUUGAAUCCAUCAGUACACCAUUAAAAGCCAAGAUAUGUUCUUCCAAAUACAAUGUGCAUUUUUUUCCUCUCUUUCAUAUCUCGGAGAUAUCCUGCCAAACAGCUGGAUUUUGCCACUCAGCUUCCUUGAAUGUGUUUAUUUUUACGCCAAAUGUCAGGAGAGUUGAAAUAUUAUGAUUAAGAAAAAACUGACAGCUGAAGUUGAACGGUGAACAAUAUAUUGCCGUCUCUGGAAAAAAAAUUACCUCUCACAUCCCUUGGUGAUAUGGCAAAGGCAUUUAAUAUUUUCUUAAUUUAUUCAAACUUACAUUAAUUAAAAGCAAUUUGUAUAAUAAAUUCAAUUGCCUAACCGGCACUAAGUGAUCUAAUAUGCAUGGUGUCUUGAGUCUGUCUGCGUUUUCUUUCUCUCAGCUGAAGAAGUGAUGCAGAUUUAUUUCACCAGAGCAUCUCCGGUGUUUAUCGCUCGCUGUGAGCAGUGGCAACGUGACGUCUGUUCAAUGCAUGUCCACAGUUUGGUCUGCUGACCACUUUGCCUAUUUUAACUCCCUGUGUGUUUGACCUCAGACAGAUGUAUUGUGAAUGGUAUUGUUCUGCAAAUCUGACGGCAUUGUGAAGUUCCAUCCAUCUGGAGAUUUAAGUCAUGCAAGAAAUACAUUAUUGUAAACGCAGGAUUUAAAAAUUCCCCUUGUGACCUUCUUCCUGAUGUAUCCGAAAUGUCCUUGUGUCUUAAAUGCACGUUAUCAAUCCUGUUAACUGUGAAAAAAAAAACUAUGUAUGUAUACAGACAAA